UUUACAAUGAGAAAACUUCACAUUUGUUCAUUGACCUCAGGUUAUUUUCUAUGGAUUCUGGCAUUACUUGCUCUUAGUUUAGUGUUGUUUGGAGCAUUGUCAAGAUCAAGCCUCAACAGAUUUUCAGACAAAGUUGACAAGAUUCAUCGUGUUCCAAUAAAAGCACCAUCAAAAGAGAAAGGUUAUGCUUAUCCCCCUAUUCUUGCUUAUUGGAUUUACGGAACAAAUGGAGAGAGUCAGAGAAUACUGAGGCUGUUGAAGGCAAUAUAUCAUCCAAGAAACCAGUACUUGUUGCAGCUUGAUGCUGCUUCUUCAGAGUAUGAAAGAGGGGAGCUAGCGCUUUCUGUUCGAUCCGAGGGAGUGUUCCGAUCAUUCGGGAAUGUCGAUGUUGUCGGGAAAAGUUACGCGCUUAACGAGAUGGGAUCGUCGGUCCUCGCUGCCACGCUGCACGCCGCAGCAUUGCUGCUCAAGAUUAGUGCAGACUGGGAUUGGUUCAUCACAUUAACUCCUUCUGACUAUCCACUCCUGACUCAGGAUGAUCUUCUACAUGCUUUCACUUUCUUGCCACGGAAUCUCAAUUUCAUUCACUACAACAGAACUCGCUGGGAAGAGCGCCAAACUGCGAAUCGGAUUGUAGUCGAUCCCAGUUUGUAUCAUCAGAAAAGCGCUCCGAUCAUGUAUGCUGUAGAGACGCGGGAAAACCCUGAAGCUUUCGACAUAUUUGGAGGUUCACCUUGGGGUAUUCUGGCAAGAGAUUUCAUGGAAUUUUGUGUAAGAGGAUGGGACAACUUGCCGAGAAAAUUGCUAAUGUACCUUAGCAAUGUGGCUUACCCUCUUGAAUCCUACUUCCACACGGUCCUAUGCAACUCACCCGAGUUCGAAAACACCACGGUGAAUGAUGAUCUAAGGUACAUGAUUUGGGACUCGACCAUUGAGGAGCCUCAACUCCUGACCGUGUCACACUUGGACAAGAUGCUUGCAAGUGGAGCGGCUUUCGCUAGACCAUUUCGGUUGAAUGAUCCGGCACUAGCAACGAUCGACGAGCGUGUUCUUAGCCGCGGACCUAACGGUUUGGUGCCCGGAGAAUGGUGUCCUAUCCAAGCAAAGAACAAAAGCUUAGAGAAUUCAGAGCCUAAUGAACCGUUAUGUCCAAGUUGGGGAAAUAUUGACUCUGUCAAGGCCGGGCCUCGAGGCAUUGAUCUCAAAAUGUUGCUGACUAAACUUGUUGUAAAAGGAAGAUUUAGACCUUGUCAUUGCUCAGAAACGUAA